AUGUCUGAAUCAACCAGCACAAAUACCCCCAAGCCGAGUAGCAGCGUCAAGCUGGUACUUUUGGGUGAAGCCGCUGUGGGAAAGUCCUCCCUGGUGCUGAGAUUUGUCAACAACGAUUUCCAAGAAAACAAAGAACCAACUAUUGGAGCUGCAUUUCUCACCCAAAAAUGUUCCCUGCCUACGCGAACGAUCAAGUUCGAAAUCUGGGAUACCGCCGGUCAGGAGCGUUUCGCUUCGCUCGCUCCCAUGUACUACCGUAACGCCCAGGCGGCGCUCGUGGUCUAUGAUGUUACCAAACCGUCCUCUCUCACAAAGGCUAAGCACUGGGUUGCGGAACUCCAGCGACAAGCUAGUCCCGGCAUUGUGAUCGCUCUUGUUGGCAACAAGCUGGAUUUGACAAACGACGGGAACGAGGCGACCGGGGAGUCGCCCGCUGAUGCUGAGGGCGAAUCGUCUACGGCCGAUGCAGAUGAAACCGCCGAAGAACCUCAGGAAGCACAGGAUGUCACUUCCGGCGAUGCUCGGAAGGUGCCUACACGGGAAGCUAGCGCCUACGCGGAGGAAGAGGGCCUCCUGUUCUUCGAGACUAGUGCCAAGACGGGCACGAAUGUCGUGGAUGUCUUUACUGCGAUUGCCAACGCGAUCCCGGAGAGCAGCCUGAAGAGUGGACGAGCAGGUGGCGCUGGCACGGGCCAGACUAGCCUGAACAGCGGUCGUCCGGCCGAAGACUCGCGGGUUAACCUGGGGGAGCGCGGCCCGGCAACUGCAAAGGAAGGGUGUGCCUGCUAA